AAUUAAAAUUAUGAUUCAUAUUAUACCAAAUAUAAGUUAAUUAUAUGUAUAACAUAAAAAGAUAUGAUGCAUAAAAUUAAACAUUGAAACAUUUUAACCCAUUUGCAUCCAAGCGCGGAUUAAUCAGCGCGCUGCGACUGUCUUCUAUCACUAAGCGCGGAUUAUUACGCGAUUUACGACUGUCUUCUAUUACCAAGCGCGGAUUAUUACACGAUCUGCGACUGUUUUCUAUCACUAAGCGCGGAAUAAUCCACGAGACUGCGACUGCUUUUUAUUCCAGUAUUCUUCAGAUGUGGGAGGGAUCACGUUUGACCCAUUUGUGAGCAUCUCGCCUAUAUCAGUUCAUUAUUUUCUAAAUAAGUCUUACUUUUUGUUGUGAAAAUGUUUUUAACUACCACUAUGAUUGCCCCAAUGGAUUUUGAUGAUCUUGAUGAUUCGGAUCAAAGUAUACAAAUAGGACAUACUCGAAAACGUAUCCGUAGGAUCUCAUCAAGUGAAGACAGCGAAGUUGAUCAGUGCGACAGUUUUAGAAAUGAAGAUUACGUGUGGAAAGCCGAAAAUCAUACGCCAAUUAUACAUGAUUUUUCAAGUGUGGGCGGUGCAACCGUUAAUACGCAAAACCUGUCGAGGAGGGAAGUUUUUGACUUAUUUUUUAACAAAGAAUUAGUUACAAAAUUAGUUACAGAAAUAAAUAAACAUGGAGAAACCGACGUAAAUUUUAUGCCUCUUUCAGAAGAUGAACUAAAAGUAUUUAUUGCUUUAAACAUUUUAAUGAGUUUAGUUUCUAAGCCAAAUAUUCAAAGUUAUUGGACCGCAGAUAAAAACAUAGAAACACCAUAUUUUAAGAAUAUUAUGGACCGUAACCGAUUUGUUUCUAUUACUAAAAAUCUACAUUUUUCCAGUAAUAAUAAUUCUAAUGACGCACUCACAAAAAUCCGAGAAGUUAUUUAAAUAAUAAAAAAGACUUUCAUUAGUAUGUAUGUGCCACAUAAAAACAUUUCGAUUGAUGAGUCAUUAAUGCAAUGUAGAAGCCGUUUACAUUAUAUUCAAUUUAUUCGAACAAAACAAGCAAGAUUUGGUGUUAAGUUUUAUAAACUGUGUGAUUCGAAAUCAAAAUACAUACACAAUUUCAAUAUAUAUACAGGAAAAGAUAAAAGUGAUACCGGAUCUGCUAGCAAAAAUGUUGUGAUGAAUUUGUUGGAAGAGAGUGAGUUAUUGUACAAAGGAUAUUGUUUAUUUAUUGAUAAUUGGUACAGUUCACCGACAUUGUAUCGAAAAUUACAUGACAUGAAAACAAAUGUAUGCGGAACUGCGAGAAUUAAUGGGAAACAAAUGCCUCGAGAACUAAAAGUACACCAAUUACAAAGGGGAGAAGCUGUAGUAUAUUCUACAAGAAAUAUGGCGGUGAUAAAAUGGAAGGAUAAAAAAGAUGUCGUUUUACUAACAACUAUGCAUAGCUUAGAAUUUGCUGAAACGGAGAAAACAAACCGAUAUACUGGACAAAAAUGUGUAAAACCAACAGUAGUAAUUGAUUAUAAUCAGAAUAUGGGUGGAGUUGAUGUUGACGAUCAAAUAUUAAGUAAAUUUCAUACUAUGCGAAGAUGUAAAAAAGCCUAUAAGAAAAUAUUUUUUUACCUCAUAGACAUGAUGUUACUAAACAGUUACGUAAUUUUUAAAAAUCAUAAAAAGGAUCGAGUUUUUCAUAUUUUUAAACAACAAUUAGCCGAAGAAAUUAUUGGCGAAUAUUUACCAAAUAUAAAAGUAAGUGAACCAUCUAACGAUUCGAUAACGCGAUAUACUGGCAGGCAUUUUCCUAUUCGGAUACCUCCAACUCCAGCAAAGGGAAGCAGAACGUCAAAGCGAUGCGUUGCAUGCUUAUCUAAAUGUAUUCGAAGAGAAACGGUCUUUAAAUGCCAUAUUUGCGAUGUACCAUUAUGUAUUGACCAUUUUAAAGAAUUCCAUGAGAAAUAAUAUGAUUUAAUUUCCAUUUUAAUCUAAAUAAUUUUUUUUUAAAUAAAUAAUUUUUAUUUUUUUCCUCUGUUGUAAAGAAUGUAAGAUACGAUGUUUGCGAGGUAACAUUGUCUACCAAUCGUUUUGAACAGUAAAUUUUAGAUAAACUCCAUGAAGAAUUCGGAUGUCAUUUACUGCACCUACGACCGAUCGCACACGGCGAUAGGGACCAGUCGUCAGUUGAACGCCGCUGAUGCCUUCAAAUGGCCCCUUAAGUAGGGCCAUGAUGCAAAUGGGUCAAAAGCAUAGCUUUUUGUAUUAACAAAAUGAUUUUAGUAACUAAGUAAGGAGCUUUAUGUAUGCAUCUUUACCCCAAGCGAAAUUAGGAAAAGACUGUAAAAGAGCAUUUUUUCAAAUGUACAGAUGAUCUUAUAUAAAAAAUUGCUCCACAAGAUGAUAGACCUUGUUAAAUAAUAUAAAAUUUUCCUCUAUGACUUUUUUAACUUUAUUUGGAAUGAAAAUAUAAUCUAGCUCGCCUGGUGUUAGAAAUACUGUAUAUUUUUAAUAAUAAUGAUUAAAUGUAUAUAAAUAUAAAGUAUACAAUAUAUAUACAUAUAUAAAUAUAAAGUAUAUACAUAUAUAAAGUAUAUACAUAUAUAUAUACAAAUAUAAAUAUAAAGUAUAUGUUAAAUGUUUUUAAUUAUUUGAUAAUUAAAUUUAAGAUAAUAGUUUUGCAUACCUGUUUUCCCAUAGGUUCAGGAUUUGUAAUAGUCGUACUAAAAAAUCCACUCCAUUCUAAUCUACCAUAUAAACCUGCCCAAUGAUUAUGACGAUUUCCUGUAUGUGGUAAGCACCAUGGAAUUAAAGUAUUAAAUUGUCUAUCUGUAGGAUCACACUGUUUUCCCAUGCAACAACUACAUACUCCACGAUAUGCUCCUGUAGAACUCUUUCCAACCUUUUUAUCAUCGUGAGUAUAUUCUCUUAAAUAAAAAAUUUAACAUAUACAAUAUUUUUAAACAUAAGAUAAAGUUUGAAAAACUAUACUUUACUUACAAUUUUUUGGUACAAGUACCAUCACUUAAUCUUACAACAAUAUUUGGUAAAUCACGCCAAUCAGAACCACUAGCGACUGGAAUAUGAGCUAUUCUAGUUUCUACAAGAGGUGUCAUUUCUUUACAUAUGUGAUCUCUUAAUAAUGGUUGAUAUUGUUUUCCUCUAAUCUGAAAAAGUAUAAAUUUAAAACGUACUAUGAAUUUGUUGUCUGCAAAGAGUAACUGUUUUAUUCUCUUAAAAUAUUUUUAUUUGAUUAGUACUCUUCUUUGAAAAUGUGAUAUAGCAUCGUUUGUAUAUGACAUCUCUUCUUUAUUCCAACCAUUUUUAAUUUCUGGUAAAUCGAACAGUGCAUCCCUUACAUUGAUUGUUCUAAAUGGUGCUGAUUCUGUCCAACUGCAAUUUGUGCUAUACUGAAAUGUUAUUUAGUAUUUAUAGUAAUAUAGCUUAAAUUGUAAAUGUCACUUAUUUAUUGUCUCAUAGUACUAAAUAUUAUUUACCUUUUUAUUAUCAACUAAUACACUUAAUCGACAAGUACGUUUACUAAAAACAUGUGUUGGUUCUGGAUAUUGUGGAAGUAUUUGUCCAGGUGCAGCAGCUAGGAUUAUUAUUCUAUGUAAUAUAAUAAAAUAAAAUUUAAAAAAUUAGCAACUUUAAA